AUGCAAAUAAUAUCUACAAUCAUCGUUUGUGCUUUUAUCUUUGGUAGUGUUAGCACCCGAAAACUAGAGCAUAAACUAUCCAAGCGCUCAGGUUAUUCAAACGUAGCUGGAAUCUUUCCUGGAGGUUACGGCGGUCCUGGUUAUGGAAAAUGUAUCACAAAGGUAGUUGCAACAACCACCUUACCUCCAUCGACACAACUAACUACCGUUAUUGUACCAACGGUCUCUACGGUUACUGACAUUAGACGUAUAACCAAGACUCAACGCGAAAUAUUUACCAUGACUAACAUUGUUACCGAUACAGAAACUGAAUUUUUGACGGAAACAGCGACUCAAACUUCUACCAUCGAGGCCACUGUUCCUGUGACUUUGACAGAAGUAGCGACUAAAACCAAGUUUAUUAGUGUUCCAAUAUACCGAAAUUAUCAUCGACCUCAAGCUGUCUAUGGCUAUGCGUAUCUGACACAAACUCUAAUUAAGACAAAGUUGGUGCCAACUACGUCUACAGCAACUCAAGUUUUGACUUCUGUAAUAACGUCAAGAGAUAUUUCUACAAUUAUGUUAACAGAUACGUUAACGCAGACCCAAACUGAAACAGAGACAGAACUGCAGACUGAAACGGAAACAGAAACAGACACUGUUACAGCAACAGAAACCAUGUUACUUACUCAGACAGAAACAGACACAAGUACAGAGACAGAAACGGAAACAGAAACAGAAACACAAGUGGAAACAUCCAUCUCCACAACUACGCGUCAAAUUCCAACUGUUGUGCCGACAACAGUGGUUGUUACUGCCUAUCGCUAUCACACUGUUACCGUAGGAAGUCAUAAAGGCUAUGGCCAUGGAUACGGUAGUGGUUUUACUGGCUACUGA